ACACUGAAGAUUCCCUCGCUGCAUCUGAACUCUGAACAAGGGGGCUCUCAUUCAUGAAAACGUUUUGCUGGAAGAAAAUGGCAGCUGCUUCAAAGGUCUUGUUCGUUACCCAAAUAAGAAGGAUUGGGGGCAAGUUUGCAGGUACGACUAACGCCAGAGUCAAUUGAAGCGCUUUCUGCGCCUGCGCAUUUCCCUUCGUCCACAUGGCCACUGGGACGCCAAAGUCUAAAGGGCAAAGGCUUCAGUGGCCGCCACGGAGCAUGCUCCAUCUCGCUUCGCGCAUGCUCAGUAGUGCUCGGUAAUACUCCGGCUCCGCGUUGCCAUGGCGCCGCCCGAGCACCCCGCUGGGCCUAGCCGCCUGGCCCGGGUAUCCCGCUGCCUCUGCUUCAGCGCCUCCCACCGGCUGCACAGUAAGUCAUUGAGCAAUGAAGAAAACCAGAAACUUUUUGGAAAGUGCAACAAUCCCAACGGGCAUGGCCAUAAUUAUAAAGUGGAAGUAACUGUGCAGGGAAAGAUCGACCCAGCUACAGGGAUGGUGAUCAACCUCACAGAUUUAAAAGACUAUAUGGAGGAAGCCAUUAUGGAACCUCUAGACCACAAGAAUCUGGAUAAGGACGUCCCCUACUUUGCCGGUGUCGUGAGCACCACUGAGAACGUUGCGGUGUUCAUCUGGGAAAACCUCCAGAAGCAUCUCCCGAAGGGGACUCUUUAUAAAGUCAAAGUGUACGAAACAGACAAGAACAUCGUCGUGUACAAGGGAGAGGAGGCUGCUCCGAAGAAUUGACGCCGUACGUGUCUCAGGCCCUUAAUCUGUCAUUGGAGAGCGAACCUAAUCAGUGGAUUGAUGAACAUUAUCGGAUGAGCGUAGGCGUCGUGCGCAUAUUUUUCCAAAAUAUAAUUUAAGGGAAUUAUAGUAUUCCGGCUAGAUGUGGCUCUCUUACGCAGCUUUGUGUUUUUGGGAUUUUGUGCUCUCUCGAUGCUUCUUCGCCAAAACAUUCCAUUUCUCGAAGCUGCAGAUUCUCCACCAUUUUAUAUCUGUUCUGUUGAGGGCGGGAGAAGGGGAGACCAGGGUUUUAAUUCCUUGUCAAGAUGCAGGCCAAGUAUAGUGUCUCUGGUUCAAAUCUUGCCCCUUCAGUGAUUUCAGCAAGCAGCGUGCAGUCAGCCGCUCUCUGACAGUUCCCCGGCCCUGGAUCUACAACAUGGAGAUAAUAUUGUCCUACCUAACAGGACUGUCGUAAGGACUUCGGAGAGGUAAUUCAUACAAAAAGAUCUGAACGGUCUCAAGUGCUGUAUAAAGGUAGAAUAGGAAUAUCAUUGUGGCAGAUUUUUUUCACUGAAGUCUGAGUUUCCUGCCUGAUCAUAAUUAAAUGCCUUUUUUUUUUGUUUA